AUGAACAAUAAUAAAGAAUUCGGCCUGUUAUGUAAAAAAGUUGAAAUACAGCAACAACAAAUUGACUAUUUAACAAAGACUGUGCAAAAACUUCAAGAACAAUUAGAAUGGAUGAACAACUGUAUAAAGCAAGAACAUAAAAAACCAAUUGAUGAUAAUAGUAUUGUCAGCAGCAAUUUACAAAACGAUGAAAUAAAUUUUAAAAAUACCAAUAACUAUUUUGAAAACUAUAAUGACAGUUAUUAUGGCAACAAUACAUACACCUCAAACAACAAAAGAAAAAGUGAUAGAAAUGAACACUAUAGGAAUGAUGAAUAUUUUAAUAAUAAUAACAGUAAUAACAAUAAUAAUAAUAAUAACAGUAGAUAUAACAAUAAUAACUAUCAAUAUCCUGAAAUAAACCAAUCUCAUUAUAAUCUUCAAAAUAAUAAUAAUAACAAUACUAAUAAUAACAAUAAUAAUAACUAUCAAGAACAACAUUUUAAUACCUCAGGCUCGGAUUACCAGCAACAAUAUCAAAAUCAAAGCUACCAACAUAAUAAUCUACAAACCUAUACCCAACAAUACCAAAAUGAACCCCAAUCGUUUAAAUUAAUACCAAAUAGAAUAGAAAGAAGAUAUAAAUCAAGUGGUGUCGUUUUAUAUGCAAUCGAUAAUUAUGGUAAUAUUAAAAUAUUAUUAGGUUGUGAGGAUCUUUCUAAAAAAAAAGAUUAUAAAAAACGUCAAGAUAAAUGUGUGUACACACUACUAGGUGGAAAAAGGGAUAGAACCGAAAAAAGUAUAGAUACUGCAAUGAGGGAACUCAACGAAGAAACAAAUUUCAUCUUUAACGAUACUGAAACUGAUCGAUAUCGCCAACUACUAGAGUCUGAAAACACAAUUAAAUAUUGGAUACCAAGCGGAGGUUAUAUUUUAUAUUGUGCUCAAAUCCCAUAUGAUGAAAAUAUACCCAAAAGAUUCAGAAGGAACAACUAUAAUAACUAUAACAAUAAUAAAAACAUCAAAAUCAAUAAAAAAGAAUCAGAAUCAAUAGUUUCACUCGAGUGGAUAGAUUAUAGCUCCAUCUCCUCUUGUGAUUUUAGAAACCCAAUAUUUAUUCGCUCAAAUGGAGAAAGAGGAGAACUAUACAGAUUCUUUAUUGAAAUAUUAAAUACUAUUUAUAAACAAUUUGAACUUUUACAAUCACCUCAAUCACAAAAUAAUUAUUAA